AUGGCCAAAGCGGCUCUUCUAGAGCACAUUACCAAAUUAUCGCCAGCUAAUGAAGAGAUGCAGGAUCCCUUCAAAAUGACGAGGAAGAAUGUAAGUAAGCCAUAAGCAGAUAGUGACAAAAUAUAAGAACAGGUCCAAGUGCGAUCAUUCUGAUAUUCUUAACUUCUGCGUCCCAACGACUUUGUCGUCAUCAUGUAAAGCCGUAGAUCAUGUAAAAGCUUGGAGUGAUGGCUAUGACUUAGAUCUCCUAGGGCCGCCCGAUGAUGCCUAUAUGAUAAAUAAAGGCACGUGCUCUAUACCUUCAAAAUAUGAGAACUUUUCUGGAGUCGUAGGAAAAAAGGUACCGAUGCUAUCGGAAUCACUUAAUAGUACAAAUUCAUGUUCGGUUCAGCUGCAUAGGCUAUGCUCACUGUAGUUUGGAUCUUCAGUUAAAAAGCGAUGUCAUUGGAAAAUUCCCGAACAUGCGUCAAUUUAAUCGCCGUCUGAAAAGGCAUAAAAUUAAAAUUUAUUGUUUUGAAUCCAAACAACUGAAAGUGUUCCUGCAUGAACGCAGUAAUAAAAAAUUGAUAAAAACCUUUACUUAAGCCUAAUCAGGAAUUCAUAAUGUCGAUAUAUUGGCUCUGUAAUAACCAAUGUUUACACAAAUCGUCUAGUUUCGAAAGAAAUACCCGAAUUCUCGGUCCUUGUUAUCAGCCUGGGCAGAAUACGGAGACAUUUCAUGAAUUAUCAAAUGAAAGGGCUGGAUUAGGAACCGCAUUUAACCCCACUGCCUCUAGCGAAUCGAGCAUCACGACAUAAAGUAGCCCUUGGUCUUUUCGUAUAAGCAAUGGCCUAAAUUCGCCCGAUCAUCAGCCUUGUAGUCGAUCAGUCCUCAGCAGACUGGACAACUUAGUGUUCGCUGGAACAUUGUGGAACUGGCUGUACAGAUCAGACGAGAAUUCCUAGUAAAUAUAUAUAGGCCGAACCUAUAUGGAAAACCUCGUUAUGGUCUUGUGAUGAGACAGGUAAUGUGGUGCGUUUAAGAUUGAUACUUUGUUCCUUCAUGCCUGUUUCUUUAAAAUACAGUCCCUAGUACCAGUUAGCAGUCAGUGGACAAAAGUGUUAACUUUGGGCUUCCUUUGGGUUUCCUCCUGUCUCAUUUUUUCCUUCUUAACGUUCCCCAAAACUUUCAGCCUUUUGAUAGAACUGUGGGUUUUUACUACAGAGGAACACUCAGGGACUGUGAGAUGAGUGGUAUAUCGGCUUCCAUUAUGUAUUUCCAAGAAAAAUCAUCAAAAAUCGGGGAUAUUAAAGUAAAUGUUGCGGGUGGGCACAUGGUUUAACACCUCCCUAUGUUGAGCACUUUCUCGAACAGGAAUAUUUAUUGAGGGAGGCGUCCCUGAAAUAGCCACAAUAAAUAAGCUGUUUUAAUAUUUCAUUUGUAGGAAAUAUGGGCUUCACCGAGGCAUCUCAGGCAAUUUAGAAAGAUAUAUACUGCCCAAGCAGCUAUUUGUUUUAUGCGAGAUUUCCCUAGUUGCUUGAAUAAUCAACUGGAAACCAAUAUUUGUCCGAAAGUAAUUUGGCGGGCGGCUAUAUUUCAAAACUUCUCUACUGGAGGCACAGUUUCAUAAGGAGGCACGAUUUAAUCUGGGAGACUAGUCAUCCGAAUGUUACUUCCCUUUUCUGAUCUACCUCUUUUGGUGUCUUUUUUGUCUCUUUGCGACCGCUUAAGUAAUCACCUACACACAAACCCUGCGUUCUGAUUCCGGACUUGCUUGAUUUUGAGCCAAACAGAUCGGUGUUCGUAAUCGUCGUCGAAGGAAAGGUGGUUUACCCCGCUCCUGGGGACUUGCGUAACGGUGUACGCACAGUGUACGCGCGGUGUACGCAGUGGUCUCCUGUCAGUUCGAUAAUUCAUAAUAAUUAUCAGUCACUCCUCACGAUAGGCAUUCACCAGCAUCGCACAAAACGCGGGACCAAAGGGAGCUAGACCGGGUGUGCAAGCCUGCCUAGCCUCUUUUGUCGCCGCGACGUCCCCUGAACUUCACUUGCGUCUCGCGACGCGCGCCAUCAUGCCUGCCCAUCAGCACAAGCCUAUCGGACAUCCAGAUUUCACCCUAAUUUCCUAGAGUUCACAUUUCACAGUGUCGACGGCUUAACUGAGAUCUACAACGGUGGUGUAGCGGCUGAUUCCUAUGUCGCGACACUUUUCCAGCAGUUACUGUGCUGUGAAUGUCAGGUCGGUCGUUUCAAAAGGUCCCCAUAUGCCACACUUAGCCUUCGGGCGAAAUUUGUGGUGCAGAUACACAGUCAGGCUCUGGAGGAAGACGCGGGUGAAUAUUUUGAUGGCAAUUGCGGGAAGGCGGAUUUUAAGUUGGCUGUCAUGGAUUUUGCAACCCCCUUUUCGACCUUGGCGGUGCACGAUGCUCACCCACUUAAAGCACCCCAGGAACAUGCGUCUUAAAAUCUGCUGGAAUAGAAAAGUUAGUUUGUCCAAGAGUUGUGAAUCACCGUAUUUGUGGGCUUCAGCUGGAGCCAUGUGGGCGUUCUGUGCUUUUCUGAUACACAUCUGCCACGCCGCCCCGACGUCUCCUGCUGGCAAAUUAGAUGGUCAAGGUCGAAGUUGAGGCGAAAUUUGAGGCGUCUGCUAACGACUUCCCGGUAGACUGAGGAUGCGCGAUUGAGGACGUUUCUGAGGCGCACAGUCUAGCCUCCCAGAAUCUGCCAUUACUCUGAAAACGGUGUAGUUUCGUCAGGACUGAGCAACUAGGCGGCUUAGAUGUACUAGGAACUCUCCAAAUGGCCACUAAUAAGCUUUUGACAAGUUCCUAGGCUAGAUCGCAGUUGGUAGCCAGGAAUGGGGAAGCGGACGGCGGCCUUAACCCUAACCCUAAUCUCAACCUUAAACGUUAACCAUUAACCCUAACGGCAACCCUAACCCUAACCGAAAUCGUAAACGUAACCGUAGCUUUUAGACAUAACCAUAACUGGCAAACCUAACCGUAAUACUGAAACCUAAUCGUACGCUCAAACCCUAACAGUAACCCGAAAACCUAAGCCUAAAGGCAUAACCCUAACCCAAAAAUCGGAAACCAUUAUUCGGUACCCUAAUCCCAACCUCAAACGUAAAACGGAAUCCAAAUGGGUCAGAUGUGAUUAUGGAACCCCGCAAAAUAGCGCCAGUAAACAACCCUCCCCCCAGCCACCUGUAAUACGGGGCCUGGAUACCAACUGCGAUCUAGCCAAAUCCUAUUUCGUAGCCGCACCUGUAAGGGGUUAGGGGUUGGGGGAUAGGGGUUAGGGUUAGGAGUUGAUUUUAGGGGCUACGGGUCAGGGUUAGGGGUUGGGGUUAUGGGGUAGGCUGUGGCCUCUCUAUCGCAGGUACGGCUACGAAAUAAGAUCCGACCAAGCUUUCGACUUAAUUACGGUCUGUACAUUCUUCAGUUUCUCCCACCUUUCAGGCCAGCCGACUGCGUUGUAUCUCCCAUAUUCUCUCUCACAGUGUUAGCUAUGCUGUUGUUUAUGCAGAACUUGUUAGGUUGGUUCUUUUCAACUCUCGACUUACGUAUUGCCAAAUCAAUACUAGUGACAUCGACACGCAGGCGCUAGACGGUUGGUGGUAACACUAGCGGUAUCUUCCCUUGGUGUACUCUGUUGGUUCUCUAUCUAUUAAUACUGCAAUAUUGCUCUUGUCCCAUACUACUCUUCGUUCCUCUUAUGGGAUACCAUAUGCUCUCUCAGCCAGCAAACUGCUCUGGUAGAUUUCCUUGAGGUUUUCUCUGUGGUUGGACUUGCAUAUAUAACCUUGGUGCUAAAAGACGGUGAUUGCCCAAGUGUCGAGCACCAAGCAUCGUUUUCUGUCGUCGGCAUUUCUUAAUGAUCUCACCCCUGGCGAGUACUUAGGCUAACUCCCUCCAGUGGUUCAAUCGAAAGUCUGCAUUCAUAUUUUCUCCAUGUAAUUGGAAAUGUAAAUUACAGAGUCAGUAUUGAAUAUGCAAUAUGAGAUCUUUUUACCUUCUUCCAUCUCAACACCCGGGGUCAGCAUCUUCAUCUAUAUCCAUCAUACAUAUAUAAUGGUCGGGGGCGCUCACCGAUCGUUAUUACGGAAAUCACUCGUUCCGUAAUAACGAUCGGUGAGCGCCUCCUACCAUAGUAUAUUCCCGAUCGAAAACCGACAGGGCAACUGGCUCGUGGUCCGGUGAGUAGAGGCGUGGAAUUCUAAGCCAACAGGUCGUGAGUUCAAGCCUCGGGUGUGCCACACUUCGGGGUUGGGUAUGACUGGCUGACGACGACUAAUAAGCCAGAAAUGGCCAUUCCAGUCUCCCUUGUCUUUGUCGAUAACGUUAUUCUGCCUAUAUCAUGUGGCGCUGUGCGGCUGCUGGUUGGGCUUGAGAGAGAGCCCGUAAGGCACAAGGGGACGAGUGAGUUCCGUAUGAACGAUCGGUGAGCGUCCCCUACCAUUAGACAUUUAUAUGUAUGAAAAAUGAAAAUUAGAACUUUCGAAAAAAAUAUACAUUUACUUACCGUUUCCCGCUUGUGUUUAAUCACAUCAUUGAAGGCGAAGGCGAUAUGUACAUGUCAGGCUUUAUCUCAGAGGCGCAUCGAUAAGGAGGCAGAUAGAUUAAGACAGCGCUGUUCAGUACUUAUUUUGCCUUCAUCCAACCACCCAACAAAAACCACCACCUGGGACCAAAAGCAAAAGGAUUUACAUGUACGCACAGCGCCACUAGUUCACAGACGAGACUACUCAGAUCGGUUACAGGCGUUUAAUUGAACUGGAAUCCUUACGUACAAUGUCGUCUGUUAUUGUUAACCGCUGUCGACAGCAUUUUAUAGACAAUUGGGCGCACUUUGAUUCGUUUUAUUUUUGAAGCAAGCAAGCUCCUUAAGGGUGGCAGCAUCCUAGGUCGAAGUUGGCCAGAGACGUUGGUAGAUUCUUAAGACCUUGUUUCAGACAUGUUUCGCCUCCGUUCAUACAAUCCUAACCAAUGGACUAAUAUAAAUAAAGAUCUUAUUGUUCGGCUCCCUCAAAAAUAUGAGGAACCGUAAAAAAUUCGUCACAGAAGACUGAUUAUAGUGGAUUUAGUCAGCUAGGAGGUCACGUGUCAUGCCCUUCACCGAAUUAUCGCGUUCACCAUUAGAGAAAUUAGUCGUUAUCAAUCGCAGCACUUGCAUAUAAGUUUAUGACUCAAAUGGUUGCCUUUUUAGACAUUACACAGUCAUUUAAGUGCACUUGUUCACAUAGACCUGACAAAGCUAAAAUAAAGUUGUAAGCCGCUGUCGGCUAACUGCAUAGCCAGUCCAACGCUUGAGCUUGCGUUUUUCUGUUUUGUCAGAAUUCUUAACGGAAGAGGGUGACCGUGAGUGAAACCUUCCAGUAAACGUUGGCAAAGUAAUAAUUGCCCGCUUCCUUUCUUAUGUAAGCUCGAAUGGAUAAGUAAAAGCGGCCUAUCUUUUCUCAAAUCGAAGGACUUAUACUGAAAUGACAGAACAUACUAACACAUAUAAGAAGGCGGAAAAUAACUUUGUUCCCAAUUGCCCAAAAUAAAUGUUUAACGAGCACAGUUUCUCUGAAGAGCGAUGUAAUUUACAACCUUUUUGCAGAUAUUUUCAUUUCAUUUGAAUUAAACCCCAUAUUUAUUACCCACGACAGCUCGAAUUCGACGCCAGUAAGGGUAAGGUGACACUCUGGCAGUUUCUACUGCAACUGCUUCUGGACCACCGGUACGCCGAGCUCAUCCGUUGGACGAACAACGCCGGUGAAUUUGUCCUUUUGCGUGCUGAGGAGGUGGCUCGUCUAUGGGGCUUACGCAAGGACAAUAAUCACCGUAUGAAUUACGAUAAACUCUCUCGGGCUCUGCGGUACUACUAUCAGAAGAACAUUAUUCGUAAAGUGCACGGACACAAGUUCGUCUACCGCUUCAUCGGGCUCAACAACCUCAAGGGUUUCACCUUCCCCACUGCCCACCUUUCGGCGGAGAACAGCGUAAUACAGCCCGGCGGAGGUCGAUUCCUUCCCCCCGAGGCCAACAAACCCUCCUCCAACGCCAAGAAGAGUCCCAAAGCAAACCGAAAUCCCACUACCAGUGCAGAAUGCCCCAGCAACAGUCAAUCAAAGAGCUAUGCCGGCUUCUCGAAAGGGCUGGUCCCUGGGCUUGGUACUGCAUCCGCCAACCUCCAUUUUUCUCCACCACCCAUGGCGGACAACACAGUGGUUGGAGGCAAUUUUCUUGGCGAAAGUCUUCGUUUUCCCGACGCUGUCCCGAGGUACCCCUGUCCAAUUUUUCCCUCUGUACCUGCCCCCUCGGCGCCGUCAGUCAGUACAGCUGGAGGCGCUGCCACUGCGAAUUCUUCCCAUGUCGAAUUACUCCAUAAAGCAUCCCGACCACUGGGUCUACCUUUGCCAGACUAUCCCCCCCUCCCAUUUUACUGGGGACUCCCUCCGGUUGAUCGUAACAAGGUCACGGACAGUACUGUCUCCAACAUUCCGCUCCCAGUCAACAAUAUCACUAGCACUAGUAACCCGAUAAUAGGCGUUCAGGGUGAUUUUGAAAGGUUUCUGACCUGCUUUCCGACCGUAUCGGGUCGCGAUCAGGUAGCAGCAACAACGAAUCAGGCCAUCCAGGGUAUGGAAAUGGCUCAUGAAAGAGCCAAUCCGAAAAAAGAAAUGAUGGACAGUAUGAGUCAGGAGGAUCGACUAAACGCCAUCGCCUCACUUGCCUGUAGGGAGGUCCUACAAAGUCUUCUGCAAAGAAAUUCUUCCUUUCAUCAGGAUCAUGGACAGGAAAAACUGUCGCCACCUUUUCAAAACCCUCUACCCACAAGGGACACUGCUCAGGCAUCUAACUCCAGUCCAGCCACUUCGGGCUCCCUUUACGGCAGGUCCCCCACUCCCAACUGCAAAUGUAGCUGUCACCAUUCUACUCCCACCUCCGAGACUGACUUACUCUGCGCCGGACCUCUGAAUACCACAUCAAACGUACCGGCGCCAGCAGGAUCAGAAAAAACGAAGGGUUGGAACGAGAUUGUCGCAGACCUCACCAAGGAAUGGGUUAAUCACUGGAAACCAGCCGCGAGUGCGCAGAACCUUGUGAACCAAACAGAUCCCGAUCGUCUCUCGGACCUGCAUUAUCAACGACACCUAAUAAACAUGAAUCGGCUCCGGGAACAGAUAGAUUUGCUGGCAUCGGAGAGCAGAAGGCAGGCUGCGUCAAGGAUGUCGGUCGCAACAGUCAAUCCACAUGCAGCUGCAGAGAGGUCCAACAGCCUUCCAGCGGGAGACUGGAACUUAAAUGCCUGCGCCCCCUUAUUGAAUAGUUCCAUGGGGUUCCUCUCCAAGAACUUUCCAAAUGCGCCCCCCUUUUCCACAGCGUUAGAGUCUGGUUCUGGGGAGCGGCGUGUAGAUGAAAAUUACAUUUGGAUGCCUGUGCAAGUUGGACUCAUUAGCAAGUGGAUAGCCAUGCUGUCAGGCCAGUUACAUGACGAUCUUAGAAGCAGCGAGGCUCGGAGAGAGGGAGUGGUUUCAGCUACCCAAAGCGAACCCCCUCACGUGAACACACACAGACCUCGUGAGUUCAGCUGUAGUUUGUCAAGUUUUUAG